AUGCUGCCGGGAUCCAUCCAGAUCUCCGGAGAGACGCUGUCGGGGGCGGAGAUCCGGGACAUCUGCGAGAGCCUACGGGAGAACUCGGUGCGGCUGCUGUCGCUGCGGGGCUGCCAGCUCUCCGAGCGGGACUUCGGGCAUGUCUGCCGAGGGGUGGCUGAAUCCCGUUCCCUGGCUCAGCUCAACCUCAACCUGGGCAUCGUUUCCAACAUCAACCGCGUCAAGCAGCUGGCCGAGGCCCUGAAGACAAACCGGUCCGUCCAGUCCCUCUUCCUCCAUGGGAGUCCCCUGACAGACGCAGGAUUGGCCCUCCUCAAUCCUGCUCUCUCCAUCCAUCCCUCGCUGGUGGCUCUGGAUCUAGGAGACUGCAUGCUGGGUGAUGAAGGCAUCAACCUUAUCUGUGGGCUCCUGCCCCCUGAUGGGGCCAAGUCCGGCCUCAAAGAGCUAACUCUGAGUGCCAACCCAGGCAUCACAAGCAAAGGCUGGGGACGCCUGGCCAUUGCAGUGGCUCACAGCUCACAGCUCCGUGUGCUGAACCUCGACUACAACCCUCUAGGUGACCAGGUAGCAGGGAUGCUUGCUGUUGCUGUGGCCUCCAGUCGAACCCUUGAAGUUCUGGACUUGGAGGGAACAGGACUUACCAACCAGUCAGCCCAGACCUUGCUGGACAUGGUAGAGAAUUACCCCACAGCCCUACGGACACUCAUCCUGGCAGAGAACAACAUUAGUCCUGAGCUACAGCAGCAGAUCUCUGACUUGCUCUCAGAGGGUGAGGAAGAGGAGGAGACAGAGGCUCGUGAAGUCACAUCCAGGGAGAACCCCUGGAUCUGCCAGAACAAUUCCAGCUCCCAGAUGGUCCUGGUGACGUCAGGUCUUGGUGACAGCCUCUUAGCAGAAACAGAAAUGUAG